UAUGUUUGUAACGUUUCAUAUUAUUUAAAUGUAAUAUCAUUUCGUAAUGAUUACAAGUCAAGAGUUAAAGAGUAAAAUAGAUUACAUACAUAAAGCAUGUUCAAUUAUGACUAAAAACUCAUUACGAGAUCAGGAUAAAAUACUAAACCACGUAUCAAGUAUAGCAAAAAGUGCAUUACAAGAACAACUAUUGAAUUAUGAACCAAACAACAUAAUUAUAUGUACUCUUAAACUUUUUUUAUAUUAUGAAACAUUAUACAACACUGAUAACAUAUGCGAAUGGAAACGACGACGAAAACGUCGACUCGCUAAAGAAUGUUACAACACUUUGUUACAAAUAUAUAUUCCUCAAAAGCCAAAGGAAAUUUUACAAGCGGUAAUCAAUACAAUUUAUGAAGACAAACUUUGGGAGUUUGAAACUCUAUGUUUCAAAAUAUUAUGUAAUUUAUUAGAAAAUGGUGUUAGCGGAGUAUUAAUGUUUCAUACAAUAUGGGACAAAAUUGAAGACCCAAACAUUAAUAUGGAAGAUACAAGAAGAAUUAUAAGAAUAUUGUAUGAACUAUUAGAUGUAUAUGAUUGGCCAGAUACUUAUGAUACAAUAUUAGUCAUUGAAAGAAUUCUAAACCUUUUUUACAUAAGUGUAACGGCAACAAAAUCAACUAGUCAUAUUAUGUCAUAUGGAAUGAUUAAGAAAGGCUUAGAAGUUUGCAUUAUAAAUAUGGUCAAACAUCUAUACAAUGAUCAUCUUCUGGUCAUAGUGCAGUAUAUGUGUUCAUGGGCUGUCGAAACAGGAAUGACUGAUGACAUUAUCUUGGAAUUUGGUAGCACGCUUGAAUAUACAGCUUAUAUGCAUGAAGUUAUAUUAUACGAAAAGACUUUAACACCAAAAGUGUUUCCAUUGCUCAUGGAAAUGAUAGCAUCAAAAAGUAAAAUAACAAGUUUAUUAGGUAAUAGAGUAAUGCAAUAUUUACUUGAUAGAAAAGAAAAUAAAAUGAAUUUUGAUACACCUAAAAUAUUUUUUGAGAACACUCAAUUUGAUUUGACAAUAGGAGAGUGUCUUAAAGAAGAUAAACUGUUUUGUAAGCUUCAUAGGGAAAUUCUACAUGAUAGUCUUUUAAAAAGUCUUGUAAAUCAUUGCACAUCACGUAUGAAUUUAGAAACAACGUAUUGCACUAUUUGUUUGGUUGCAAUAGAAGUUCCGUGUGGUUUUACAGCAGCAGCUAUAGUCUGCCUCAUAAUGAAUUUGCAAGACAUAACUCUGAAACAACAAAAAGAUCAACUUGAAAUAUCUUAUCACUUACAUGCCACAAUAAUAGCAAUUAUGUCUCUUUUAUGUUGGAUUCAUAAAGCCAAAGUAUUUUAUGAAUAUGUAAACAAAGUUAUGCUGGAAAGAGCACAAUGGGCUCCACAUUUGAAUCCACCUAUUCAAUCUCAAUAUAAUUUUGCGGCACAUCAUAUUCUUUGGGAUAAGCCAGACUUGUUUUUUGUAGAUUGGGAAGCUCGUUAUGGUCUAUGGAAAUGUUUCCGAUUACGUGAAGUCGAUGACGAUGAAAAUGAAAUAUAAAUAUAUUUUAAAUAUAAUCAGAUGACAGUUUCUGAUCAUUAAUAAAUAAACUGCACUAUUAAGUAAUAUUAAUAUUCUUAUUAUACUAGAUUAAAAUCUCUGUUUGCUUCGACAUUUUAUUUUAAAAUAAUAAAAUAUGGUUCUAAACAAUAGUAGAUGAAAUUUAAUUUAAUGUUAUUACCAGUUUUUAUUUUCUUG